AAUUAAACCUAUAAACAAAAAUCAAGGAAAUUCUGCAUGUAUCGACAACAUUAUUUGUCUCUUUUCUGUCUUUUCGCUUAUUUAACUAUAUGUUUUGGAUUAUGGGUAAAGACAAAUGAAUGUAUAUUGAGUAAUGGUACACAUCUUAUAGAUUUUUCGAAGUUGAAAAACAUCAACCAAGAAAAAAAACCUAGGUUAAUAGUUAUUUUUUGACCUUUACCUACAAAAAUCUAGUAAAUUCCGAUUAUAAAAAGGAUGAAAAAGUUAAAAUACUUCUUUUUUUUAUGAAGAUAUAAUGUAACGAACACGACGACAAAUGAGACUUUUUACUAUACACCCUGCCAAUCUUUCAAUUUGACAAAACCUUGUCAAAAUGUUCAUGUGAGAAUGAUUAGAAAUAUAAAUAAAACUAUAAUCCAAAUAGAUAAUCUUAUAUAAGACGUGUCAUCUUGUCUGCAACAGAUGUGUGAACAUAAUUCAUCGAAAUAUCAGUCCUUAGCUUCUAAAAACUACACAAUACUAGAAAAAGAUGGCGCCAUCUUCUUAAGAUACAAACAAGAAAAUUCAAAACUUGUUCUUGUUCAAUUGGAAUGCGGUAAAACAGAAGAAUUUAAGAUUAAUGAUCAUCCAACGGAUGAUAAAUAUGCCUUUAGUCUUUUCGGACCAACCCUAUGUGCUAAGAAAUCUGAAGACAAGAACACAGGAAUAAGUUUCGGAAGUGUCUUAUGUAUAUUAUUUUUUAUCGGCGUCAUUAUCUACUUAAUUGGUGGAUUUUGCUUUAAACGUUUUAUUACCGGGGCCCAGGGGAUUGAACAAAUCCCAAAUGUUGAAUUUUGGAAAACUGUUCCAGGACUUAUGAAGAAGUCGAUUGAUGAACAGCCGGGCUUGCCUUGA